AUGGUAGCUGUCCUUUGGCAGCAAAACAGUGCAAGACCCAACUGGGUUAACGCCAACAGAGAAUUUGCCCAGGAUCAUGAAGAGUCUCCACUGCAGACAGAGCAGCAGAGGUUGGAGCUGGCAGAAAUGAAAGCAAAACUGGACGUGUCAGAGAGGAGAGUCAGUGAGCUGGAGGAAGAGAGACAUCAACAGCAUCCAGAAGAUGAGAGGUUGCAAGCCGUGGGCAGAGAAAGGCCAUGGCAGGGAACGAAAGAAACAAGGGUCCUUAGUGAAGCUCUCCAUGAAAUGAAGGAAGAGAACAAGCUCCUGAAGCAGAAGAAUGCCUCAAUGAUCAGAAAGAAAGAACACUAUGAGUGUGAAAUAAGUCGCCUCAAUAAGGCCCUUCUGGAUGUGUUGAAAAAGCAGCAGUCACCUGUUCUUGGGACUCCUUCAGAGAAGGGUGACAGGAACAGCCUUGAGGACAUGAGAACCCAACUUGAAGUUCUCAGACAACAGGUACAAAUAUAUGAAGAAGACUUCAGAAAGGAGAGAUCUGACAGAGAAAGACUUAAUGAGGAGAAAGAAGCAUUGCAGAAAAUUAAUGAGAGAUUACAGUCUCAACUGAAUAAACUAAACUCUCAGGUAUGAAUCAAAAGAAAGGGGGGUAACCAAAAACAAAUCCAGAGGACUACAAAAGACCUCCCGCCAGACUAUCAGUGGUAUGUUCCUGACCAGUUUCCGCCAGAUGUGCAGCACAAGGCAAAUGAUUCAUCCUCGGAGAAGGGAGCCCAUCGCUGA